AUGACCGACCUCUUAAGAAGUGUUGUCACAGUCAUUGAUGUUUUCUACAAAUAUACCAACCAAGAUGGGGAGUGUGGCACACUCAGCAAGGAUGAGCUAAAGGAACUUCUAGAGAAAGAGUUCCGUCCAAUUCUGAAGAACCCAGAUGAUCCAGACACAGUGGAUGUCAUCAUGCACAUGCUAGAUCGAGAUCAUGACCGAAGACUGGACUUUACUGAGUUUCUUCUGAUGGUAUUCAAGCUGGCUAUGGCCUGCAACAAGGUUCUCAGCAAAGAAUACUGCAAAGCUUCAGGGUCAAAGAAGCAUAGGCGUGGUCACCGACACCAUAAGGAAGAAAGUGAAACAGAAGAGGAUGAAGAAGACGCACCAGGACAGAAAUCAGGUUACAGGCAUUCAAAUUGGAGGGAGGGAGAGGAGUAUGGUUAUGGUUCUGAGGGCUUGAGGCGAAGUGUGAAACACAGACAUGGGUCAAAUUCCAGGAGGCUGGGAAGGCAAGGUGGUUUAUCUAGCUCAGAGAACCAAGAGAAAUCUGAGAAAAGACACCGUGGGUCUGGUCACUCGUGGAAUAGUGACAAAGACAGACAUGGUUCCAGCUCUGGAGAGCUGGGGGAUAGAAGAAACAAGUCACAUGUUAGCCCCACCAGGGAAUCUGGGAAGGAAUAUGAAUCAGAAUCUGGAUCUGGGUCAAAGAGUGAGAGGAGGAAAAGUCAUGGUGGUCUGUCACAUAGACUGGAUGCUGGUGGGCAUGAAUCAAACUCUACUCAGUCAAGAAAUAGUGGAGGACAAAAGCUUGGGUCUAGCUCUAAAGGUUCAGAAGACAGUGGAAGACAAAGCUAUGGAUGUGGUUCCAGCAAUUCGGGUGGGUGUGGAAGUCCACAAAAUACUUCUAGUUCCUGUCAGGAAGGUAGAUUUGGAGGGCAAGGAAAUCAAUCUAGCUGCACUCAGUCAGGUUAUCAAUCAGGAAGUAGUGGAAGACAAGAUCGUGGAUGUAUCUCGGGAGGUCAGUCCUCUGGAUGUGGUCAACAUGAGCCUAGCUUCUGUAGUCAGUCUUCUAGUCAAAGAGGAUACAGAUCUAGAGCAUGUGGUCAGACACAGAACUGUGGAAGACAACAGAGAACAGGUUCAAGUCAGUCCUCUUGCUGUGAACAAUAUGGGUCUGGAACAAGUCAGUCUUCUAGUUAUGGUCAACAUGGAUCUGGUUCUUGUGGACACUUUUCAAACUCUCAUCAAAAAGGGUCUGGUUCAAAGGAAUUUUCUAAAUGUGGACAACAUGGAUCUGGCUCAUGUCAGUCCUCUGGCUUUGGACAUGGCUCUGGCUCAUGCCAGUCCUCUGGCUUUGGACAACACGGGUCUGGCUCAUGUCAGACCUCUGGCUUUGGACAACAUGGGUCAGGAUCAGGUCAAUCCUCUGGUUUUGGACAACAUGGGUCAAGCUCAGGACAAUCCUCUGGCUUUGGUCAGCAUGGGUCUAGUUCAGGACCACCCUCUGGCUUUGGCCAGCAUGGAUCCAGCUCAGGUCAGUCCUCUGGCUUUGGUCAGUAUGGGUCUGGAUCAAGUCAGUCCUCCAGCUUUGGCCAACAUGGGUCUGGCUCAGGUCAAUCCUCUGGUUUUGGCCAACAUGGGUUUGGCUCAGGUCAAUCCUCUGGUUUUGGCCAACAUGGGUCUGGCUCAAGCCAAUCCUCUGGCUUUGGACAACAUGAGUCUGGCUCAGGUCAGUCCUCUGGUUUUGAACAAUAUGGGUCUGGCUCAGGUCAGUCCUCUGGUUUUGGACAACAUGGCUCUGGUUCAGGCCAGUCCUCUGGCUUUGGCCAGCACGGGUCUGGCUCAAGCCAGUCCUCUGGCUUUGGACAACAUGAGUCUGGCUCAGGUCAGUCCUCUGGUUUUGAACAAUAUGGGUCUGGCUCAGGUCAGUCCUCUAGUUUUGGACAACAUGGCUCUGGCUCAGGACAGUCCUCUGGUUGUGGACAACAUGGCUCUGGCUCAAGCCAGUCCUCUGGCUUUAGACAACAUGGGUCUGGCUCAGGUCAGUCCUCUAGUUUUGGACAACAUGGGUCUAGCUCAAGACAGUCCUCUGGCUUUGGCCAGCAUGGGUCUGGUUCAGGUCAGACCUCUGGCUAUGGACAACACGGAUCCAGCUCAGGUCAGUCUUCUGGCUUUGGCCAAUAUGGGUCUGGCUCAGGUCAUUCCUCUAGUUUUGGACAGCAUGGGUCUGGCUCAGGCCAAUCCUCUGGCUUUGGUCAACAUGGGUCUGGCUCAAGUCAGUCCUCUGCCUUUGAACAACAAGGGUCUGGUGCAGGUCCAUUUUCUAGCUCUGGACAACAUGGGUCUGGGACAGGUCAAUCCUUGGGCUCUGGACAUGGAUCUAGCUCACAUCAGUCCCCUAGCUUUGGGACUGGCUCAGGUCAUUCUUCGGGCUUUGGACAACAUAAGUCUAGAUCAGAUCAGUCUAGCUGUGGUCAACAUUGUUCCACUUCAGUGCAAUCCUCCAAUUUUGGCCAAGGAUCCUGCUCAGGAAAGUCCUCUAACCCUGAUCAACAUGAUAGCACAAAUCAGUCUUCUACUUAUGAUCAACAUGGGUUUAGCUCAGGGGAAUCUUCUGGACAUGAACAACAUGAAUCUAGGGUAAGGGGAAAAGAAAGCUCUCACACUAGUUCAGGAAAAGAGGGUCCAAAACAUGGAAGACCCAUAUCAGAUUCAGCCCACACUCAGAUAAGAGAAACAGGCCCAAAGAAAACUACUCAAAGGGAUAAUGAGAGAAGCAAGAGACACAGUAUAACAGCAAAAGAGACUGAAGAUCACGACAGCAUUCAUGGACAUAGGCAACAAAGGCAAGGAUCAAGUCAGGAAAGAAGAACUUCUACACCACAGGACACGAAACAUAACCACAAAAAUGACAGUCAAGCCCAGACAGAUAAAUGGGAGACAUAUUCAGCAACUACCUGGGAGCAUUAUGAAAAUGACCAUGAAAAAUCAGGAGGAAUUCCCACAGGUAAAAAUGAAAGAUCUACUCAGAGACAGGCAGGAGACAACAAAAGACAUGCCCGUUCUGGCCAUGGACAGGCCACCAGGACAGAAUCCAGUAGGACCCGAAAAACGGGAUCUAGCAGCAAUCCCAGCUUGCCUCAUCCUUGCCACUCUCUGGACUCCACCUUUCCGAGCUCAUAUGCCACAGCCGAGUCUUUCUGCUGCCCCUACAAUGGUCUCCGCAAUACAGACGAGUACGUGAGGAAGUUGGGAGGUAAACACACUGCUAGAGAAAUACAGGUGGAGAUACGGGUGGAUCUGGGUUUGGUUAGGAGUGAUUCAGACCAUCCUACAGAGAAUGGCUCCUCCCUGGAUGGACUUGCUAUAAAAGGGCCACUAUCCCAGACUUCAGCACCAAGCAAAGCUCCUUCAGGCUACAUUCUACUUAUUCUUCUGGUGAAGAACGUUCACCUUUACUACCAAAAGAUGUCUACUCUCCUGGAAAACAUCAAUGCCAUCAUCGACCUAUUCCAUGAGUACUCAACAACAGACAAGGAGACUGACACACUGAGCAGGGAAGAACUGAAGGAGCUCCUGGAAAGAGAGUUUCGGCCAGUCCUGAAGAAUCCAGAUGACCCAGACACUGCUGAUGUCUUCAUGCAUAUUCUUGAUCUAGACCAUGACAAGAAAAUCGACUUCACUGAGUACUUUCUAAUGGUAUUCAAGUUGGCUACAGCAUACUAUGAGUCAAACAGAAGACAGAACUUCCAAGCAACAGAGCAAAACCAAAACCACCAUGCACACCAUACAAGAGAUGAAGACGAUGAUUUAGAUGAAGACAAAGAUCCACCACCAAGGAAAGGCAAGGGCGCCACCAUCAGCAGUCAGGAGACAGAUCCGGGCACUCAGGGUCCCAUCAAGGGCAGACAGCCUCCCAUGGGAGAUCAGACUCUGCCCACCGAGAGUCAGGAUCCACCACCAGGGAAACGCAAGGGCGCCACCACCAGCAGUCAGGAGACAGAUCCGGGCACUCAGGGUCCCGUCAAGGGCAGAUGGCCUCUCGUGGGCAGUCAGACUCUGCCCACCUAG